UCUAAAAUUCUGUGAUUGCUUUCCUGCUACUUAGUUUUGCUGUAAUGAUAUUGCCCAUCCCUGGUUUCAGACAGUGCUGCCCAUCACUUACAUCGGCGUUUUUGUUUGUCCUUUUUGACCGUAAAAUGAGCCUGACCAAGCGACUCCUGCACAUCCUUCCCCGUUGCAGCUUCGCCAAGAGCUCGCAUCCAUCGGCGGAUCGUAAUUCGCAACCGAUUUCGGAGGCGCUACUCUCUCAGGUGGACAAAACCACCAAGAAUUUGCAAUUGCUGGAGAUUGCUUCGGGCUCAGGACAACAUGCGGGAUUCCUGGCGCCCCUGCUGCCCAACAUCAGCUUCCAGCCGACGGAGUACGAAAGGAACCAGUUCGGUUCGAUUGCUGCCUAUGCAGCGGACUGUCCCACUGGAAAUAUUCGCCCACCAUUCCAUGUGGACAUCACACGAGAUCCCAGAGACUGGGAGGCUCCCCCAGCACCUGGCAGCUACGACUACAUGUUCAACUCCAACAUGAUGCACAUCAGUCCCUGGACCUGCUCAAUAGGACUAUUCCGGGCCGCCGGACAGCUGCUGAAGAAGGGCGGAAGGAUGUUCACUUAUGGUCCAUAUGCACAAGACGGCAUCCUCGUUCCCCAGAGCAAUGUGAACUUCGAUCGGAGCCUUCGCCAGAGAGACGCCUCCUGGGGCGUUCGCGACAUUAAGGACCUAAAGGUAUUGGCGGCCGAAAACGGCCUGCAGCUGGAAAAGCUGGUGGAGAUGCCGUCAAACAACAAGUUCCUGACCUGGCUAAAGCUGUAAAGUAGUGCACUAGACUAAGGCUAUUGGGCGAUUACCCCCUCCUAGAUAACAUGGUUUAUUUUGGCGGCAAUAAAGUUUAUGAUCGUCGAA